AUGGAACGUGAUGUUUCAACAGAAGAAGGAGGCGUGAGAAAGAGGAGUAAAAUACGACUAGCUGCUAUCAUCACAGCGUUAUUUCUCGCCCUUUUCGUCUCGGCCCUCGACGCCACCAUCGUCGCUACAGCCGCCCCAACUAUAUCCCGGGACCUCUCCUCUGCCGCAGGCUACACCUGGAUCGGGGGCGCGUACCUCCUUGCCAACGCCGCCUCGGGCCCCAUCUGGGCCUCGCUCUCUGACAUUUGGGGCCGCAAGCUCAUCACGCUGGCUGCUCUGGCCCUCUUCUUCGUUAGCUCGGCCGUCUGCGCUACCGCGAAAACAAUGCAGGAAUUAAUCAUCGGGCGCGCGUUCCAGGGCACAGCGGGUGGAGGGUUGAUUUUGCUUGUGCACGUUUGCAUCAGUGACAUGUUUAGCUUGAGGCAGCGCAGCUUGCUCAUGGGAUUUACAGAGGGCAUCUGGGCUUUGGCCGGGGGUGUGGGACCGGUGCUGGGAGGUUUGUUUGCGAGUUUGGUCUCGUGGAGAUGGUGCUUCUACAUCAAUCUCCCCAUUAGCGGCGUUGCCUCCGUCCUCAUCCUCUUCUCCCUCGACAUCAGGCACGAGCAUACAUCGCUAAUCGACGGCCUGCUCGCCGUAGACUGGCUCGGUAUCCUGACCUUCCUCAGUUGCACGCUGCUCCUGCUUCUGGGUCUCGACUUCGGCGGCGUGCUGUUUCCGUGGGCGUCAGCAAAAGUCAUUGUACUUCUCUCCGUCGGCGGCGCCAUGCUCCUUGCCUUCAUCUACAGCGAAGCCAAAAUCGCAAAGUACCCCCUCAUCCCCAUGAGCCUGUUCCGGCGCCGCACAAACGUCGCCGUGCUCUCCGUCGUCUUCUUCCACGGCUUCGCCUUUAUCGCUGCGGAAUACUAUAUGCCGCUCUUCUUCCAGUCCGUGCUUGAAGCCUCGCCUUUACGCUCCGGUCUCCUUCUUCUCCCCUUCAUCGUCACGGGCGCUCUCGCCGGCGUCGCGUGCGGCGUAAUCAUGCACCGGACGGGCCACUUCCGGCAGAUCAUGUGGCUGGGAACUCUUCUCCUGACCAUUGGCUUCGGCCUCUUUAUUUCCUUCUCGGCAACCACAUCCACGGCCGUUACCAUCGGCUUCCUCAUCAUCGGCGGUCUGGGCUCAGGCGUGCUUUUCGAGGCCCCGCUCAUCGCGAUACAAAGUCAAGUUCAGCAGCACGAUGUUGCGAGCGCAACUGCCACGCUCUCAUUCAUACGCAACGUUGCCGUCGCCAUUUCCACCAUUGUCGGCGGCACAAUCAUCCAGAAUUCAAUGGAUGCUCAGCAGUCUUUUCUCCGCGAUGCAGGACUCCCGCAGCACCUGCGUGAGCUACUUGAUGGCGAGAAUGCCCUUGCCAACGUCAUGUUGCCGAGUACAAUGGACAACAAAGCGUGGGAGUUUGCUGCUAAACAGGCGUUUGCCUAUGCCAUGCGUAACAUGUGGAUUACGUAUACGGUUCUGGCGUUUUUGAGCUUCGUGACAAGCUUGUUUGUCAAGACAGCUGUACUCAGCACCGAGCAUGUGGAGACGGUCACGGGGUUGAAGAAGAGGGUCAGGGAUAGCGAGGUAUCAGACAGUUCGUAA